CGCUCCGAAACAGCGUUUUUUGCGGGCGUUUGCGCGGGUUAACUUACAGGAUAGGUUGGACUGGGUGAUGUGUUCUUUCAAUAUAGUAACUGAGUAACAAUGGAGGACAAAACUGUUAAGAGCGUGUUGCUCGUGUUUGCAAUGGAGGCAGAGGCUCAGCCUCUCAUCCAGGCGCUCGGGCUAAAGGAAGAUGCGCCGCCGAAGAUUCUAGGGCCAGCGCCAUGCUUGACAUUCUCCGGCUCCCAUGAGGGCCUGAACGUGCACGUUGUUUGGAACGGGAAGGACCGGGAAACGGGAGUUGACAACGUUGGUACUGUGCCGGCCUCGCUAUCGACAUAUCUCGCGGUUAUGGCCUUUAAACCCGACAUCGUCAUCUCGGCGGGUACCUCCGGGGGUUUCAAGGCGCAGGGGGCUGCCAUCGGGGAUGUAUUCCUGGGUACGGCAGUCAUCAACCACGACCGACGCAUUCCGCUGCCCAACUUUGACAAGUACGGCAUUGGCUACAGCCUCUGCCUAGCCACUCCAGGCCUACAGUCCUCUCUGGGUCUGAAGCAGGGUGUGGUGUCCUCGGGCAACUCGCUGGACUACACGGACAAGUGCAUGAGCAUCAUGGAGCAGCACGGCGUGGCGGUGAAGGAGAUGGAGGCGGCGGCCAUUGCAUGGGCCUGCAACCUGUUCCAUGUCCCCCUCAUGUGCGUCAAGGCGGUCACGGACAUCGUGGACGGCGACCGGGCCACCGCGGAGGAGUUCCUGGAGAACCUGCACUCGGCGGCGGCGGCGCUGCAGUCCACCCUGCCGCGAGUGCUGGGGCAGCUGGCGGGCAGGAAGCUGGGGGAGCUGUAGGAGGGGUAAACUGAGCCGCGGAAACUCUGACCCUGUAGGAGGGGGGGGAUAGGAGGCAACUGACGAGCUGUAGGAGGGAGUGGAAGGGGAGUGUUAGAGGGAAGAGACGUUGGAACCGUGUACCCCAGAGAUGCACCUUCAGAGAGGGAUGGGAUGAAGAUACAG